AUGGAAGGACUCGGAAUGCCAGAAGGAUUUGACGAGGCAAUUUACCUAAUUGAACUUAACGACUGCGUAAAAGACUACUUGCGCAAAGUCAUGAAGCCCAAGGUCAAGUUCACCACUAUUUCUGGAAGGGCUGCCUUGACUCUCGAGAUUUCGACUGGAAUUCCAAUUGAGGUACCAGACGGGACAGCCUACGACGACAUAAAGCAAGCAAAGAAGGAAGCCAUUAUAAAGUUCUUUGCCAAGCGUCCUUGGAUACUACUUCCAAACAGAGAGAGUCCAAUUCCACGAAUUAUACAAAUUCUCAGAGCACUGUUCCACUUCUCUGGUCAACCAUUCUACAUAACCUGUGAAGGCGACAUCCAACCAGUUCAGUAA